AUGGGAAUAAUGCAGGAAGAAUUUAAUGAACGAGAAAAUGAUUUCAAGAUGUGUGACGAAACUACAUGUAAAUAUGGUGGCGUGUGUAAGGAAAUUGGGGAUGAUUUGACAUGCUCGUGCCAGUUUUAUUGUCAUACACAUUACAUCCCUGUUUGUGCAUCCAAUGGAGAUACCUACCAGAAUGAAUGUUUCAUGAGGCUAGCUGCAUGCAAAUAUCAGAAAGAAAUCACAGCAGUAACCGAAGGUCUAUGUUAUACGGAAAAUGGCUCUGGAUCUGGAGAAGGAGAAUACGAAGGCUCGGGAACAGAAAGACGGCAAAAGCAUGUAAAGUGUGGAAAGUGCAAGUAUGGAGCUGAAUGUGAUGAAGAUGCGGAGGAUGUCUGGUGUGUGUGUAAUAUAGACUGCAGCAGAUUCAACUACAAUCCAGUGUGUGCAUCUAAUGGAAAGUCAUAUGAUAGUCCUUGCCUUGUCAAAGAAGCAUCCUGCCAGAGACAGGAGUGGAUUGAAGUAAAACGUCUUGGUAAAUGCCAAGAGACUGAUGACACCAGUCCUUUGGGGAAGGACAAUGGAUUUCAGCUAGGCACAGAAGUUAAAGAUGCCAGUGAUCAAAGAGAAGAUAUUUACACUGGGAACUACCAGCCAUGUUCAGAAAAUAUUUGUAUGCAUGGAAAAUGUGAAUAUAUUUACGCUCGCCGAGAGACAUCCUGUCUCUGUGAUUCUGGAUACAUUGGACAGCGCUGUGAGAACAGAGACUUCAGUAUUCUAUAUGUUGUUCCAAGUGGGCAAAAACUUCACUAUGUCUUAAUUGCAGCAAUAAUUGGAGCUGUGCAGAUUGCCAUAAUAGUUGCUGUGGUGAUGUGUAUAACAAGGAAAUGUCCAAAAAAUAACCGAGGUCGUCGACAGAAACAGAACCUAGGACAUUUUAAUGCAGACUGCACCACUUCAUCAAGGAUGGUUUAG